AAUAUUUCCAUCAGAAAUAAAUACAUUAUCAUUAAAGUCAUUUGGUAAAAGUAUGAUAGAUCUAUCAAAAACAGAUGAUAAAAUAAAAAUGGAGAAAUUAUGUUUUGAUUAUAUUAAAGAAGGUUCAUUUUGGACAGAUAUUCAUGAAGAACUAGAACAAAAACAAGAACAACAACAAAACAAUCAUCAUUUAUCAUCAACUUCACUAUCUUAUGAUUUAAUAUCAAGAGAAACAAUGGGUAACUUAAGUUAUUACAAUUCUUAUAAUCAAAAUUGUGAUUCAUGUAUUGACAAAGAAAUCAAUAGUCAUUUAUUACUUAAUACACAAGAUAUUUGCAAUAGUACAAAGAUGAAUAAAUUAGAUAAUAACAUAUCAUCAAUGUCUGGAAUUACACUCUCAAGAACAACAACUAUAUCAACAACAAUGACAACAGUAAUAACGACGACGACGACAAUAACAACUACAGGUAUGAAAUCUAUACAACCGUAUAAAUGGUUACAGAUAAAACGACAACAGCCACGUCAAAAUAUAACAAAUAACAACACAUUUACAACCAAAUCAAAUACAAUUAAAAAAUCUAAUUCAUCAAAAUCUACUGUUGCAUCGAAUCCAAAUAAUUUCUUACUCAUUAAUAAUCCAAAAUUUCAAGAUAAUUCUGAAAUCAAUAAAAUCAGUGCUAUAUCAUCUCAUGAGACAAAUUCAUCUGUAUGGAUGCCUGAAUUAUCAGAUCAUAUGGAAUCUAGUCAAAGAAUAUUUAACGCUAAUAUAAAUUAUGAUCCACUGUCGUGUACAACUAUGAAUGAUUCUAUUAAUAAUUUCCGUCGAAAUGAAACUACAUUAAAUUAUAACAAUAAACGUUCUAUUGAUUGUACAGAAUUCAAUAAUCCAUCAAAAUACGAUAUAAUUAACAAUAAUAAUUCAUUAAGUGGACGUACAAAUUUUACAACUAGACAAUUAACUGAAUUAGAGAAAGAAUUUCAUUUUAAUCGUUAUCUAUCACGUGCAAGACGUAUUGAAAUUGCAGCUGAUUUAAGUUUAACAGAAACUCAAGUGAAAAUUUGGUUUCAAAAUCGUCGAAUGAAACAAAAAAAACGUAUAAGAGAUAAAAUUUUAGGUAAUACUUAUCAUGAAAUAGAUGAUAUUACAACAUCAAUAACAACUAGUCCUCCAUCAUAUAUCUCUAAUAAUUUAAAAAAUAAAAUUAAUCAAUCUUGGAAUUUAAUCAGUUCACAAACAUUUAAUAAUCAAUUAUCUAUAGAAGAAAAUAAACAAUUAAGUCAUAUUAAUGAUAAUAUCAUUACUCCUGUUAAUAAUGAUAAUAAUAAUCAAAAUAUUUAUUAUCAUAACAAACAUUUUAUGGAUUAUAACAUACAAGAUUUACAUAAUCAUUUAAUAUUUCAUCCCUCUACAGUUUAUACUACUACUACUACUACUAAUACUGUUGCAUCCAAUAUGAUCACUACUGCUAUUACUAAUACUACUAACAAUAGAAGUAAUUCCAUGAACAUCUAAUUCAAAUUAUAUAUAUUCAUAUACUGCAUUUUGAUUUCAGACUUUAUUGAAUUUCAAACAAAAAUAGCGUUAUGUAUCU